AUGGCGAAUCUGAAAAAGCGCCUCGCUGGCGCAGUGUUAUUGACGGUACUGUCCAUAUUGUCUAUUUGCCUGCUUCUGCCGAAAUCGCGGGUUGGCACACGUCUACAAAAUGUCACUCUCGGUACGGCAAUUGAGAAUUAUUCGAGUCUGUGGAGAUGGCAUGAGGACAGUUCGAGUGGGGAAGAGGAUAUUGGUGGUGGGAUUAGACUGGUGGUUUUUGGAGACUCCUGGGUUGAUGAUACCCCGGAGAACCAAGGUAAUAAGGGGAAGAGCUGGCCGGAGGUUAUGUGUGAAGAGAUCAACUGUACAUCUCGCCUUACUUUUGCAGCAACACAACCUGCAUCCGACUGGCCAGCUCUCCCACCAACAGGUGUCAAAAUCUCCAAUAAAAUUCACGCCUGGGCAGUAGAGAAUACGCGGUACCUCCCUCGCGAAGACACCAACUACACUCUUCCAGAUCUAUCAGCCCAGGUCCAGGCCUAUCUCUCGCUCCCAGCUCCCAAGGAGGCACCCAAAGAAACCAUCUUUGUCCUCUCCUUCGGCUUCUGGGAUAUCUACGAUUUUGCUCGUCUUGACUACGUCAUGGCUAUGAAUGUCACAGAUAGAUCUAUCGAUGAAAUCUUCACCCAGCUCGACAUACUUUACAACCACUUCGACACAACAUUAUACCCUGCUGAGAUUAAUGCUAUCAGCCGACCAAAAUUCAGAAUCAUUAUUCCCCGCCUGUUCGACCCGACCUUGACUCCAGGCUGGACAUCACAUCGUCCGGCACCACUAUCUCCAAGUAGUGUUGCUGAACAGCAGAAAAAUGCCGUGUAUCUGACAGAACGCUGGAAUCAGAUGGUUGAGAACAAUAUGGGAUCAUGGAUGAACAGCCUAUCAGAUUUUGAAUUCCAAGCCGAAUCGACAGAAGACGAAGUGCCUAUCCCUCUAGAACCAUCCGAGCCUUUCCAGCCCCCGAAUGUCCCAUCCCAGUCCGAAGAGCAAAGCCGCACUGACAUCCGCCAAGCUCGUACGCUUUACAAACCUGGACCAAAUCCAAAUCCAAACCCCAACUCCAAGACAGAGUCUUUCGCCUCUCGCCAGAAAGCCGCACCUCUAGCCAUAUCCAUACCCACAACUACCACCCUCCUCCCCCAGAAAGACAUCUUCUACUACGACGCGCCCAAGUUCCUCCUCGACAUCAUAGUCGAGCACGCCCUCGAAGACGCCGGUCUCGUCGACGCAUCAGGUCUCGGCGAAGGCGAAUCAUCCUUCAUCUCAGUAUCAUUACCCUGCGUACGAGAAGUACAGGAUGGUGAGAAUUCUGAUGGAAUGGUUGAUAUGAACGGUAUGUUGGUGUGUAAAGAGCAGGAUUUGUAUCUUUGGUGGGAUGCGUUUACGUUGGGAGGUGUGGCUAAUGAGGAGAUUGGGAGGGAGAUUGCGGAGAGGGUGAGGAUGGGGAGGGGAUUGAGGUUGGCGUGGGAGAAUAGUGGGACGAAUACUUGA